UCGUCUAUCUUUAACGGGUGCUGAGUAAGUUUGUUUCCCAUAAUUUAUCAUUUAUUUCCUACAGGACGUUUGAAAUAAUCAUCAAAUAAUCACUAUUGGCUAAAAUUUGCAUUACUUUUCAAACUUACUUUGAAAGAAACGGUUGUUAAAUCGAGUUCAAUAAUGUUCGUAUUUUUCGCUGCUAUUUUGUCGUCUGCCGCCGCAGCUGAUAUAUGCUGCUCCCCCGACCAGUGGCAAGCUGAUGUUGGUUUGGUCAUGGGUCGCGUUAGCAACGGAAAGACGUCAUUUAUUGAGGGUAUGAUGCAUACAUCUUAUGACGCAGUUAACAAGAUUGUUGCCUACGACCAAGAAUUAAGCGUCGACGGUUUUCAAUUGAAACAGAGGAUUGUAAGCGAUUAUAAAAAUAACGUUAUGUACAAAGUUAGAGACGGAGUUUGCAACAGAACCAAAAUUGACAACUGGGUACCAUCAUGUAUACCAGGAAACGCUACAAAAUUGUCGGCAAAUUCAAGGUAUGGUCUUGGCGGCAACUCUGUAAACGUAAAGGCAUACAAUAUUCAAUAUGGUGGAUAUGACGUAAGCAUUGCCGUCACUUCCGACACGUGCGUGCCGGUGACAGAGGUCAUUACCGGAACUCUGGACCCUGUAUUUGCUGGAGACUACACAGUGGAAAUGAUGCAGGCACUCACAUUUGCCAAUAUCAAGGGUGGAAUAGCCAAUAGAGAUGUAUUCUUUGUCCCAGCUCAGUGCGAAUCGCAAAACGUACAGAUGCCAGUUGGAAAAAGAUCUCUGUUUUAUCAUCAAUAAUUCUUUAUUCAAAAUAUGUUUGCAAAUAAAUGAUAAAAUUCUAGUUAAA